GGCGGCGGCGGCGGCGCUCGACUUUCGGGGAGCCCGGCGGCUCUGGGAAGCUCACUCCUCCGCUCGCGCCCUCCCCCGGCCGCGGAGCCCUUGCAGCCAUGAGGGAACAGCUCAAAGGCCACGAGACCCAAACAACUUGCUGGGACCAUCCCAAAAUGACAGAGCUCUACCAGUCUUUAGCUGACCUGAAUAAUGUCAGGUUCUCGGCUUAUAGGACUGCCAUGAAACUCCGAAGACUGCAGAAGGCCCUUUGCUUGGAUCUCUUGAGCCUGUCAGCUGCAUGCGAUGCCCUGGACCAGCACAACCUCAAGCAAAAUGACCAGCCCAUGGACAUCCUGCAGAUCAUUAAUUGUUUGACCACGAUUUACGAUCGCCUGGAGCAAGAGCACAACAGUCUGGUCAACGUCCCUCUCUGCGUGGACAUGUGUCUCAAUUGGCUGCUGAAUGUUUAUGACACGGGACGAACAGGGAGGAUCCGGGUCCUGUCUUUUAAAACUGGCAUCAUUUCUCUGUGUAAAGCACAUUUGGAAGACAAGUACAGAUACCUUUUCAAGCAAGUGGCCAGUUCAACGGGAUUUUGUGACCAGCGCAGACUGGGCCUCCUUCUGCAUGAUUCUAUCCAAAUCCCAAGACAGUUGGGUGAAGUCGCAUCCUUUGGGGGCAGUAACAUUGAGCCGAGUGUCAGGAGCUGCUUCCAAUUUGCUAAUAAUAAGCCUGAGAUUGAAGCGGCCCUCUUCCUAGACUGGAUGAGACUGGAACCCCAGUCCAUGGUAUGGCUGCCCGUCCUGCACAGAGUGGCUGCUGCGGAGACUGCCAAGCAUCAGGCCAAGUGUAACAUCUGCAAGGAGUGUCCGAUCAUCGGCUUCAGGUACAGGAGUCUAAAGCACUUUAAUUAUGACAUCUGCCAAAGUUGCUUUUUUUCUGGUCGCGUUGCAAAAGGCCACAAAAUGCACUACCCCAUGGUGGAAUAUUGCACUCCGACUACAUCGGGAGAAGAUGUUCGAGACUUUGCCAAGGUACUGAAAAACAAAUUUCGAACCAAAAGGUAUUUUGCGAAGCAUCCCCGAAUGGGCUACCUGCCAGUGCAGACGGUCUUAGAGGGGGACAACAUGGAAACUCCUGUUGCUCUGAUCAACUUCUGGCCGCUAGAUUCUGCGCCUGCCUCGUCCCCUCAGCUUUCACACGAUGAUACUCAUUCACGCAUUGAACAUUAUGCUAGCAGGCUAGCAGAAAUGGAAAACAGCAAUGGAUCUUAUCUAAAUGAUAGCAUCUCUCCUAAUGAGAGCAUAGAUGAUGAACAUUUGUUAAUCCAGCAUUACUGCCAAAGUUUGAACCAGGACUCCCCCCUGAGCCAGCCUCGUAGUCCUGCCCAGAUCUUGAUUUCCUUAGAGAGUGAGGAAAGAGGGGAGCUAGAGAGAAUCCUAGCAGAUCUUGAGGAAGAAAACAGGAAUCUGCAAGCAGAAUAUGAUCGUCUCAAGCAGCAGCAUGAACAUAAAGGCCUAUCCCCACUGCCGUCCCCUCCUGAAAUGAUGCCCACCUCUCCCCAGAGUCCCCGGGAUGCUGAGCUCAUUGCUGAGGCCAAGCUACUGCGUCAACACAAAGGCCGCCUGGAAGCCAGGAUGCAAAUCCUGGAAGACCACAAUAAACAGCUGGAGUCCCAGUUACAUAGGCUAAGGCAGCUGCUGGAGCAACCCCAGGCAGAGGCCAAGGUGAAUGGUACAACGGUGUCCUCUCCUUCUACGUCUCUUCAGAGGUCAGACAGCAGCCAGCCUAUGCUGCUCCGGGUGGUUGGCAGUCAGACUUCAGAAUCCAUGGGUGAGGAAGAUCUUCUCAGUCCUCCCCAGGACACAAGCACAGGGUUAGAAGAAGUGAUGGAGCAACUCAACAACUCCUUCCCUAGUUCGAGAGGAAGAAAUACCCCUGGGAAGCCAAUGAGAGAGGACACAAUGUAGGAAGCCUUUUCCACUUGGCAGAUGAUUUGGGCAGAGCGAUGGAGUCCUUAGUUUCAGUCAUGACAGAUGAAGAAGGGGCAGAAUAAAUGUUUUACAACUCCUGAUUCCCGCAUGGUUUUUAUAAUAUUCAUACAACAAAGAGGAUUAGACAGUAAGAGUUUACAAGAAAAAAAAAAAUCUAUAUUUUUGUGAAGGGUAGUGGUACUAUACUGUAGAUUUCAGUAGUUUCUAAGUCUGUUAUUGUUUUGUUAACAAUGGCAGGUUUUACACGUCUAUGCAAUUGUACAAAAAAAGUUAUAAGAAAACUACAUGUAAAAUCUUGAUAGCUAAAUAACUUGCCAUUUCUUUAUAUGGAAUGCAUUUUGGGUUGUUUAAAAAUUUAUAACAGUUAUAAAGAAAGAUUGUAAACUAAAGUGUGCUUUAUAAAAAAAAAGUUGUUUAUAAAACCCCCUAAAAACAAACACAUACACAUACACACACACACACACACACACACACACACACACACACUGAGGCAGCACAUUGUUUUGCAUCCUUUUAGCGUGAUAUCCAUAUGAGAUUCGUGGCUUUUUUUUCUUUUCUUGCAUAUUUAAGAUAGGACUUCCUCUAACACCACCAAAUGACUACUUCAUAUCGCUCUUUUGGAAUUGUUGACUGAGUGGGACUGGCUGUGGGUUUUCGUGUUACACAUCUAUAUGUCUAUAAGUAUGUAAAUAUUAUGGGUAUAUAGAUAAAUAGAUAUAAAUUCAAGAGACCUUUUAAAUUUCUUGUUCAAAUGCUCUUGCCACUUCCUAAUGGAAAGAAAUUACUUCUGGUCAUCCAGGCUUACCUGCUUGGGUCUAGAAUGAAUUUUCCCUGGAGCCUGAAGCCAGAAGGAAACUACCACACUAAAACAUUGUCUGGGGCUCCAGAUGUUUCUCAUUUUAAACUUUCCACUGACAACUAGAGUAUUGAAUUUUUUUCAGGGACAUAUGAAUGAAUACACAGGACUUAUUAUGUCAGAGUAAUCCGCUGGUUGAUGUAUUCAGCUUCCUGCUGCUGGCAAUGCCACGGUUUAGAUUUAAUGAUGCUUCAGUGAAAAUCAGAGCAUCAGAAGGCAUUUUUAACUCCCAGGCAGGAGGAGGGCUAUGGUAGCGCUGGAGGGCUACGGAUUCCCAGCCAAUCCCUCAGAGAGAGCAGGCCACUCUUGACGUAAAGGACUGGAUGAAUGUUCAUAACCUUACAGAGAGAGCUUUAUAAUUACAACUGUUCUUUUCUCACAAACAGCAGUGGGUGUCCUGGUUUUCCAGUUUUUGAAGAUUUUUUUUUCCCAUUGCAAUGAGUUUGUAAAUGCCACAAGACUUAAUUUAAAAUAACCCUUAGUGAAAAUGUGUAACACAGUAGCCCCACCACAUUGUGGUACUGUUAAAUAUCCACCCAGAAGCCCAUGAAUCAUGUUUCCCUCCUUGGCAUUUCUCUACAAGUAACUCCAGGCAGGUUUGUAAGUGGGAACGCAAAUUGAUUUAAAUGUUCCAAAAGGUACUCCAAACCCUUUCUGGUGGAUUAGGCAGGUUAAAUAUAUUAAUAAACAAAUCAUUCAAGCAGAGGAGAACGCUCAAGAGGACUAACUGGUAGGAAAAAGCUUUACUCUUUCAUUUCAUCUUCUUAGUCUUUCACUUUUUUUAAUCAUUCAUUCAAUAGAAAUCACUGUGUGACCUAUCAUUUUGCAAAUCUGUUACCUCUUACAUCAAGUGUAAUUAACUUUUGGAGAGUGGGUUUUGUUCCUUAUUUUACUAAUGAUAAUUAACAUCAGACAUGGCUUCUCAUGCUAUUUCUACCUCACUUUGGUUUUGGGGUGUUCCUAAUAACACAGCUUCACCACCUGUCCCUUGUGAGAACAUUUCCCUCCAUUUUCGUUUUUGUUCAUAAUUUCCAAAAGAAAACCCAAAGCUCUAAGGUAACAAAUUACAUGAAGAUUUGAUUUUAGUCUUGCAUUGUUUUCCUUUAUGUGACGCUGUACUUUUUCUUUACCCGAGGAUUUUUUUUUUAACCGCGAUUUAAAACAAGGGGUUACUUUACUUCCUACUAAGAAGUUUAAGUUUCAUUCUAAAAUCAGAGAUAAAUAGAGGGCUUAAUUUUGUUUUAAUCUUUUGUUUUAUUUUAUCUUUUAGACAUUAGUUCUGGAGUGAGUCUGUCAAAAUAUUUGAAUAAAAACUGAGAGCUUUAUUGCUACGUUUUAAGCAUAA